AUCCGUUGGCCGUGGCCGCUGGGGCGCUUUCCGAGGAAAUUCGGGACUCGAGUUUCCCGGGGAAGAGGCGCGGCCUGAGCCCGGCGAGGGUGGGGAGGGCAGGCGCAGGUGGACCCCGGCGGCCCCCGAGCCCCGCUGUGACCUUGGCCGCGGGGGAGGGGCUGGGCUGCUGCGGGGCAGUCGCGGCCGCCAGAGGGGGCAGCGGAGAAGAACUUGCCCAACUUGGCGGCGCGGGCUGGGGCGGCUCUGCGCCUCCGCGCCCGCCUCCCCGGCCUCCGCCUUCUCCCCUCCCGCGAGCCUCCUCCCCUCCCGCGAGCCUCCUCCCCUGGGCCCUCCUCCCGUCCUCCCCGCCGCCGCCGGUCCCGGUGCGCGCCCAUCCCUGCCCGCAGCCCCGCGCGCCGGCCGAGUCGCUGAGCCGCGGCUGCCGGACGGGACGGGACCGGCUAGGCUGGGCGCGCCCCCCGGGCCCCGCCGUGGGCAUGGGCGCACUGGCCCGGGCGCUGCUGCUGCCUCUGCUGGCCCAGUGGCUCCUGCGCGCCGCCCCGGAGCUGGCCCCCGCGCCCUUCACGCUGCCCCUCCGGGUGGCCGCGGCCACGAACCGCGUAGUUGCGCCCACGCCGGGACCCGGGACCCCUGCUGAGCGCCACGCCGACGGCUUGGCGCUCGCCCUGGAGCCUGCCCUGGCGUCCCCCGCGGGCGCCGCCAACUUCUUGGCCAUGGUAGACAACCUGCAGGGGGACUCUGGCCGCGGCUACUACCUGGAGAUGCUGAUCGGGACCCCCCCGCAGAAGCUACAGAUUCUCGUUGACACUGGAAGCAGUAACUUUGCCGUGGCAGGAACCCCGCACUCCUACAUAGACACGUACUUUGACACAGAGAGGUCUAGCACAUACCGCUCCAAGGGCUUUGACGUCACAGUGAAGUACACACAAGGAAGCUGGACGGGCUUCGUUGGGGAAGACCUCGUCACCAUCCCCAAAGGCUUCAAUACUUCUUUUCUUGUCAACAUUGCCACUAUUUUUGAAUCAGAGAAUUUCUUUUUGCCUGGGAUUAAAUGGAAUGGAAUACUUGGCCUAGCUUAUGCCACACUUGCCAAGCCAUCAAGUUCUCUGGAGACCUUCUUCGACUCCCUGGUGACACAAGCAAACAUCCCCAACGUUUUCUCCAUGCAGAUGUGUGGAGCCGGCUUGCCCGUUGCUGGAUCUGGGACCAACGGAGGUAGUCUUGUCUUGGGUGGAAUUGAACCAAGUUUGUAUAAAGGAGACAUCUGGUAUACCCCUAUUAAGGAAGAGUGGUACUACCAGAUAGAAAUUCUGAAAUUGGAAAUUGGAGGCCAAAGCCUUAAUCUGGACUGCAGAGAGUAUAACGCAGACAAGGCCAUCGUGGACAGUGGCACCACACUGCUGCGCCUGCCCCAGAAGGUGUUUGAUGCGGUGGUGGAAGCUGUGGCCCGCGCAUCUCUGAUUCCAGAAUUCUCUGAUGGUUUCUGGACUGGGUCCCAGCUGGCGUGCUGGACGAAUUCGGAAACACCUUGGUCUUACUUUCCUAAAAUCUCCAUCUACUUGAGAGACGAGAACUCCAGCAGGUCAUUCCGUAUCACAAUCCUGCCUCAGCUUUACAUUCAGCCCAUGAUGGGGGCCGGCCUGAAUUAUGAAUGUUACCGAUUCGGCAUUUCCCCAUCCACAAAUGCGCUGGUGAUCGGUGCCACGGUGAUGGAGGGCUUCUACGUCAUCUUCGACAGAGCCCAGAAGAGAGUGGGCUUCGCAGCGAGCCCCUGUGCAGAAAUUGCAGGUGCUGCAGUGUCUGAAAUUUCCGGGCCUUUCUCAACAGAGGAUGUAGCCAGCAACUGUGUCCCCGCUCAGUCUUUGAGCGAGCCCAUUUUGUGGAUUGUGUCCUAUGCGCUCAUGAGCGUCUGUGGAGCCAUCCUCCUUGUCUUAAUCAUCCUGCUGCUGCUGCCGUUCCGGUGUCAGCGUCGCCCCCGUGACCCUGAGGUCGUCAAUGAUGAGUCCUCUCUGGUCAGACAUCGCUGGAAAUGAAUAGCCAGGCCUGACCUCAAGCAACCAUGAACUCAGCUAUUAAGAAAAUCACAUUUCCAGGGCAGCAGCCGGGAUCAACGGUGGCACUUUCUCCUGUGCCCACCCGUCUUCAAUCUCUGUUCUGCUCCCAGAUGCCUUCUAGAUUCACUGUCUUUUGAUUCUUGAUUUUCAAGCUUUCAAAUCCUCCCUACUUCCAAGAAAAAUAAUUAAAAAAAAAAAAAAAAACUUCAUUCUAAACCAAAACAGAGUGGAUUGGGCUGCAGGCUCUAUGGGGUUCGUUAUGCCAAAGUGUCUACAUGUGCCACCAACACAAAACAAAACCAAGCCUUGGCUCGUUCUCUUCUCUCUUCAAUCUCUGGAAAAAUAAGUACAUAUAGUUGAUAAUCCCUCUUAGCUUACAGGAAGCUUUUUGUAUUAAUCGCCUUUGAGGUUAUUUUCCGCCAGACCUCAACCUGGGUCAAAGUGGUACAAGAAGGCUUGCAGUAUGAUGGCAGAAGAAUCAGCCUGGGGCCUUGGGAUGUAACAAAGCUGUACCCUUGAGACCUGGAACCAGAGCCACAGGCCCCUUUUGUGGGUUUCUCUGUGCUCUGAAUGGGAGCCAGAAUUCACUAGGAGGUCAUCAACCGAUGGUCCUCACAAGCCUCUUCUGAAGAUGGAAGGCCUUUUGCCCGUUGAGGUAGAGGGGAAGGAAAUCUCCUCUUUUGUACCCAAUACUUAUGUUGUAUUGUUGGUGCGAAAGUAAAAACACUACCUCUUUUGAGACUUUGCCCAGGGUCCUGUGCCUGGGUGGGGGUGCAGGCAGCCUUGACCACGGCUGUUCCCCUCACCCAAAAGAAUUAUCAUCCCAACAGCCAAGACCCAACAGGUGCUGAACUGUGCAUCGACCAGGAAGAGUUCUAUCCCCAAGCUGGCCACUAUCACAUAUGCUUACUCUUGCUUAAAAUUAAUAAAUCAUGUUUUGAUGAGAAAAAACUA